GAUGUUCCCCACAGCCACAGCGAGUUGAUAUCAACCCAAGUUAUUCAAACAGAGAGGCUCGUGUCGAUGCAUAUAUUGAUGACCAAAGACCUCAAGGCACCUAAGGUAUGCUUCAUUCCUCAUUCAUCAUCAUUUUUCUUUCUUACUGACUGUUGCUAUUAUGCUCCCCCCACCACCUAACCCCAACGGCCCAAAUGGGUUCUUUGGGCUGCAUUCAUCAUGGUCCAGCGUCAGGUCUCCCUUUGAGCACGGCGUCGUGGGACGCUUCGAGGGCGAGGUGACCGAUCUAGUGGUGUUCGGCGAGAUCCCCAAGGGGCUCAACGGAACCUUCUACCGCAUCAUGGUUGAUCCAUUUUACCCCCUCCAAGAAGGCAAUGCACCUAUAGAAGGUGACGGGAACGUAUGUGCCCUGCGCAUCAAAGAUGGCCGGGGCGAUCUAAAGAUCCGCUACGUCGACACUGAACGCCUCAGGCUGGAGCGUCAAGCCAACAAGCGCUUAUUCGGAUUGUAUCGUAAUCCUUUCACACAUCAUCCCUGUGUCCGCGCAGCUGUGGACAGCACCGCCAACACCAACCUCGUCUACUGGGCUGGAAAGCUCCUCGCCCUCAAAGAAUCCGCGCAGCCCUAUCAAGUCCACCCCGACACGCUUGAAACAAUCAUCUACGACCCCUUCAACUCCACAGGCUUGACAUUCUCUGCCCAUCCCAAGGUUGACCCGUAUACAAGAGAGCUAGUUGUGUUCGGUUACGAAGCGAAGGGCCUCGGCACAGACGACGUCGUCAUCUACGCCCUCGACGAGCAGUGGAUCAAGAGCCCGUGGCCCGCAUUCAUCCACGACUGUGCUCUCACCGCCAACUUCAUCAUCCUGGUUCUGUGGCCCUACAAAACUGACGUAGACCACAUGAAGAAGGGUGGUCAGCACUGGAUCUACAGCAAGGACCUCCCAGCAACAUUCGUCGUUGUCCCUCGACACCCCAACGACCUUCCUACUGGAUGGAAGAGGGGAGAGACCAGAGUCUACCACUCGGAUCAUGCCGUCCUUCUCCACACAGCCGGGUCGUGGGAGGAAACAGCCGGGAACGGUGACGUGAGCCUCUAUUUUGAGAGCUCGCGGAUCCGCUACAACCUUUUUCCUGUCUUUGGCCCGCCAACUGACAAGCCAUUUGGAGACUUCCAGGCUGAUUACGUCAGGUGGGAGAUCGACCUCACCAAACCAACCAACACUCGCGUUGUUGACCCUGCUGUGAUCUUGGAUAUGCCUGGAGGAAUGGCCAGGGUUGAUGAGCGCUUCUUGACAAAGCCAUACGACAAGUUUUUCUGUCCUGUUAUUCCCCCAGGGAAGCAGAGACCUAUCCCGCCAAUUCUGCCUAUCGGUCUGCAUGCAUACGUUAUGCUUGACAAGCCCAGUGGGAAGGUUAAUAUGUUUGAUCCUGGCCAGGGGUGCACAGUGGAGGAGCCAAUCUUUGUGCCCAGGACAAAGGAUGCACCGGAGGGUGAUGGUUGGGUGCUGGGUAUGAUUCAGAGGAUGGAUGUCAACAGGAGUGAUUUGGUGGUGUUGGAUACAAGGGACUUUGGGAACCCGGUGGCGGUGGUUCAGUUGCCCUUUAAAAUAAAGGGGCAGAUUCAUGGCAACUGGGUUGAUGCGUUGCCGGGAGAGAAGAGCAUCACAAGAAUUCUGGAACCGGUUGAGAAGAUUAUGGGGAAGGGAGCUUUGUAG